GUCUCCCGGCGAUGACAUUUGCGGUUGUGAGGCUGCUGGUAGCAUAACAGGGUGCUUGCUAGCUCUUCUAGCUAAACCUUGGUCUGUAAACGGGCUCUGGUAGGACCUUGGGGUACGGAUCACGGGAUUACACCUAACUGUAAAUACAUAACCAACGGCAUAUCACAAACGGUCACAUUUUUGGUAAGUUCCUUUCUGUGGCUCAACUGAAAGAUGGUGAAGCCAGACAUCCACACUCUGGCCCACCACCUGAAGCAAGAAAGGCUGUAUGUGGCUUCAGAGAAGCAGCUUAUCCAACGGCUCAAUGGUGAGGUGCUGAAGACAGCAGAGAAGUUGUAUCGUGCAGCCUGGAUAGCCAAGCAACAAAGGAUUAACCUCGACCGCCUCAUCCUCACAAGUGUGGAGGCCUCCCCAGCUGAAUGCUGUCAGCAUGCUAAGGUUUUAGAGGACACACAGUUUGUGGAUGGCUAUAAGACCCUGGGCUUUCAGGAGAGCAUCUAUGGAGAGUUUGUUGGGAGGCUGAGGGAGAAUCCACGGCUGGUAGCCUCCUGUCUUGUUGCUGGAGAGAGGCUAAACCAGGAACAUGCACAAGGAGUGAUCCAUACAGUUUUUACCUCUCUUUAUGGCAACUGCAUAAUGCAAGAGGAUGAGAGCUACUUGCUACAGGUCCUGCGUUACCUGAUUGAAUUUGAGCUUAAGGAGAGUGAAAACCCUCGUCGUCUACUGCGACGGGGCACGUGUGCCUUUAGUAUCCUUUUCAAGCUUUUCUCUGAGGGCCUGUACUCUGCCAAACUCUUCCUCACUGCCACUUUACAUGAGCCCAUUAUGCAGCUGCUGGUGGAGGAUGAGGACCACCUGGAAACUGACCCAGCAAAGCUGACUGAGCGAUUUACUCCAGCCCAACAAGAACGCCUGUUUGGGGAGAAGGGCUCCGAUACUUACCGUCAAAAGGUACAGGCAGCUGUGGAAGCCAACGAAGCCAAGCUAGUGGCCCUGGUCAACUCCUUUAUUGGCUACCUGAAGCAGAAUACCUACUGCUUCCCUCAGAGUCUGCGCUGGAUUGUGUCUCAGAUGUACAAGACACUAGCACGGGUGGAGAGGCUGGAUGUCAGUGAAGUGAAAACCAUGUGCACAGACCUGCUGCUGACCUGCUUCAUCUGUCCAGCCAUUGUGAAUCCUGAACAGUAUGGAAUCAUCUCUGAUGCUCCCAUCAAUGAAGUGGCACGCUUUAAUCUCAUGCAGGUUGGACAGUUAUUACAGCAGUUAGCCAUGGCUGACACAGAUGAUGGAGAUCCUCGACGCAAAAGCGGUUUAUCAAAAUUUGAUAAAAGUUGUGUUGCUGCCUUUUUGGAUGUUGUGAUUGGUGGAAGAGCUGUGGAGACCCCUCCCAUGUCCUCAAUGAACCUUUUAGAAGGCCUCACCCGAACUGUGAUCUAUAUCACACAUAAUCAGCUCCUGGCAUUGGUGGACUUUGUGCGGAGUGUGACUUCAGGGGACCAGCUCAGAGAGGAAGACCACCUAGCGCUGGAGACCCUGCUAGCUAGUGUACCACAGUCUCACACGAUCAAGAGCAACAGCUUGGAGCUCACGCCUUCCAGUACGCCCCAGCUUUCUCCAGCUACUACACCUGCCAACAAGAAGAACAGGCUACCCAUAGGACAACAGUUAGCCGCCAUAACGUGUUGGGAUUCCUCUGCCACAGCCCUGUCAGCUCAUAUUCCUUUAGUAACCCCAUUUGCAUCCUCACGUAGCCGAUCCCGCUCCAACAUUGCUCAAGACAGUGAGCCUGAUGCUAGCUCCCAAGACUCUCAACAGGAAGUUACGCCUGAAGAGGUGCUUGUCAUCUCAUUAGGAACUUCCCCUCAAACUGUGCCUGGAAUGAUGUCGGAGAAUGAGGUGCUAAACUUGCAGCUGUCAGAUGGAGGUCAAGGAGACGCCCCAGCUGAUGAGACAAAACUGCAUGGAAAACCUGACAAAACCCUGCGCUUUUCUCUCUGCAGUGAUAAUCUGGAGGGUAUCUCUGAGGGUCCAUCUAAUCGUUCCAACUCUGUAUCAUCUCUGGACCUGGAAGGGGAAUCUGUGUCAGAACUAGGCCCAGGACCAUCAAGCAGCAAUGGGGUUGAGGCUUUGCAGCUACUAGAGCAUGAGCAAGCCACCACGCAGGAUAAUCUGGAUGAUAAACUCCGCAAGUUUGAGAUUCGGGACAUGAUGGGCCUGACAGAUGAUCGAGAUAUUUCAGAGACAGUCAGUGAAACCUGGAGCACUGAUGUCCUUGGCAGUGAUUUUGAUCCCAAUAUGGAUGAGGACAGACUUCAGGAAAUAGCUGGGGCUGCUGUUGAGAAUAUGCUGGGGAGUCUGCUGUGUUUACCAGGGCCUGGCUCUGUUCUUUUGGACCCCUACGGGUCUACAAUAUCUGAGACAACAAGUGAGGCCUGGAGUGUGGAGGUUUUACCCAGUGACUCAGAAACUGCAGAUUUAAAGCAGGAGGAGCGUUUGCAGGAGUUGGAGAGCUGUUCAGGGGUGGGCAGCACUUCAGAUGACACUGAGGUCAGAGAGGUCAGCUCACGACCCAGCACUCCAGGGCUAAGUGUUGUCUCAGGUAUCAGUGCAACAUCUGAAGACAUCCCUAACAAAAUUGAGGACCUGCGUUCAGAAUGUAGCUCAGACUUUGGAGGCAAAGACUCUGUGACCAGUCCUGAUGGAGAGGAAUCUACACAUGCAGCACACACUCUUUCCUGUGCCCCUUCUCAAGCAGAUUCUCUGCUGGCCAUGUUUGAUCCCCUUUCUUCUGGAGAAGGCUCAUGCACCGGCACCAUUGUUAGACCCAAGGUGCACUACGCCAGACCCCCUCACCCUCCUCCAGACCCUCCCAUCCCAGAGGCCAGUGCAAUGGGACCAUCUGAGCCACGUCCCUCACUCUUUGCACCCCACUACCUGGCCCAGUCUGAGCUGGAGCACACCAAGCAAAGGCACUCGUACCCUGAGCGUCUGGUCAGAAGCCGCAGCACGGAUGUAGUAUCUGCAGGUCGCAGACCCAACAGUGACCCAGGCCUAAACCGCAGGACCAUGAUGGAGGAGAGGGACCAGGUGGGCGUCUAUUCAACAGGACCCACAGCCUCUCCGAGCAAAGACUCACUACGAGUAGAGUCUGAAGACAGAAAGGACAGUGAUGACGAGAAGUCUGACAGAAACAGACCCUGGUGGAAGAAGCGCUUUGUUCCUGCCAUUCCUAAAGUGCUCUAUUGGACUGCAGAGAGUGAAAUCACAGCACCAAUUGCAGCAUUCCGAAAGCGGGACAAGCAGGAAAAAGACGAACAAGGAGGAGAGAGGGUCCCUCUAGGUACAUCAGAUGAGCCUUCAUUACUUAGGCAGAGCUGUCAUGCUCAGGCAGCAGAGGACAUAUUGGAUAAAUAUCGGAACAUCAAGAGAACUAGCCCUAGUGAAGGAGCAACAGCUGCGACCUAUGAUGGACAAGAUGUGUGUAGAGAGGGUGAAAGUGAACAUGACUCCCCUAGAGAAGAGGGCCUGCAGAACAUCUCUACAGAUGACCUGCCAGACUCUGCCAGUCAGACAGCACAGCCUCAGGACAAGUUCUCCUUCAGUGAUGCUAAGAAGAAAUUAAGGUUGGCUCUGUGCUCUGCAGAUUCUGUUGUUUUUCCUAUUAUACCUCCUGUAACUACACGGAAUGGCCUCCCUGAUCAUACAGACCCUGAGGAAAAUGAGAUUGUAUGCUUUCUAAAAGUGCAGCUGGCAGAGGCCAUUAACCUGCAGGAUAAGAACCAGAUGGCUCAGAUCCAGGAGACCAUGCGCUGCGUCAGUCGCCUUGACCCCCGGACCUGCAGAAAACUGCUCACUGCCAUCGCAGAGGACUACAGGAAGCGGGCUCCAUACAUAGCAUAUCUGACACGAUGUCGGCAAGGGCUGCAGACGUCUCAGGCUCAUCUAGAGAGGUUGCUGCAAAGGGUACUUAGAGAUAAAGAAGUGGCCAACCGCUACUUCACCACUGUCUGUGUCCGACUGCUUCUGGAACACAUGGAGUCCAAAAUGCAGGAUUUCAUCAGAGCAUUUCAGGGCUUCACAGCGGCUGAUGAUAAGACUGCAGCUGUGGAAGAUUUCCUGCGUUAUCUGUAUGGUGCCAUGGCACAUGAUGCCAUCUGGCAGUAUGCCAGUGAGGAGCAGCUCCAGGAUGCUCAGAUGGCCAUUGAACGCAGCGUCAUGAACCGCAUCUUCAAACUAGCCUUCUACCCCAAUCAGGAUGGAGACAUUCUUCGAGACCAGGUCUUGCAAGAGCAUAUUAAUCGUCUGUCUAAGGUUGUGACUGCCAACCAUAAGGCUCUUCAGAUCCCAGAGGUAUAUCUGAAGGAGGCUCCAUGGCCCUCAGCACAGGCUGAGAUUAGGACAAUCAGUGCAUAUAAAACACCACGAGACAAAGUACAGUGCAUCCUGCGGAUGUGCUCCACUAUCAUGAACCUGCUCAGCCUGGCCAAUGAAGAUGCUGUGCCUGGAGCCGAUGACUUUGUGCCUGUGCUUGUAUUUGUCCUCAUCAGGGCAAACCCGCCCUGCCUUCUGUCCACCAUUCAGUAUAUCAAUAAUUUCUAUGCCAGCCGGCUGAGCGGGGAGGAGUGCUAUUGGUGGAUGCAGUUCACGGCCGCUGUGGAAUUCAUUAAAACCAUCGACGAUCGCAAGUGAAGCAGAACAGCCACCUGCAUGGGCAGACUGUAGGAAGGAGAGAAAGAGAGGGAGAAAAAGAAAAAGAUGAAACAUCCCAACCAACUGCUCUCUCCUUCAUCAAACCCAAGCAGCAAGGCAGUCUCUCACUUUGCUUUGUCAAAUCUAUAUAGCUGUACAUAGAGCCGCAGACACAUUUACAAGAAAUAAAGUAUACAGUCACAUGGGGUGAAAUAGGUGUGUCUUACUGUCAAGAGGGGGAAAUGGCUCAGACUGAUCAUAAGUGAUUUCGGAAUUUUGGACUGCAUCUCUUAUUAUUUGUGAGAUGUGGUAGCAGGGUUACUAGAACUGUUUUUGGGUUUUUUUUUUUAAUCAUCAUCAAAGGUUGCUUGGUUAUUUAAAAAAACUGGAUGAACUAAAAAAGGGACCAGGCUUCCUUGUAGUGAUCAUGUAAUCAUGUUAGUAUAGGGAGUCUUAAGAGAAUAAUCAAGGACCGAUGCCUUCUUAGGUAAAUUGUACAAUCUUCUGUCAUUUAAAACCCACUAUUGAUACAGAAUAAUAGAGAAAGCCAAAAUAUCAUUGCAGUGGUUUGGUUAUCACAUUAAUUAUGCUAAUACAGUAUUUGAGAUUGCUACUUUCAUCAAAUGUUUUAACAGGGCAGCUUGAAAAAUGAAUGUAAGCUGGUGUUUGCAUUGUUCAUUUCUUCAAAGUUGUUCUCCUCUGAACAAUUUGGAAAUAAGGGCCCACAUAUUUAUAUAAAAUAAAAGUGUAUUUAUUACUUUCCUCCUGUAUUUAAUCAUUUUCUUUAUACAUAAUGUAGUUUAGUAAACUGACUAUUGGAGAAGACGGUGGCGUGUGGAAUUAAUGCACUGGAGAUGAAAAGAAAAGUUGCAGGUUGGAGUAAAAAGAUUUGAAAUGAACCAAGAGCUGAGAAAACUGGGUUCUUGUGUUAACAGGUGGAUCAGCAUGUUCUGUUUAUGAACCUACAUCAGUGCCUUCAAAUUUCAGUUCUUUGUUACUCUAGUUUCAAAUUUUAGUGUUGGUUUGGAUUUCCAUCUCUUCUGCCCUUAUUGCGCGGUUAGUUCUGUGAAAGCUCUAAUUGGUCUGUGUUUGAGAUACUUCAGAUUUAACUACUGAAAAUGCAAUUGAUUCCCAUUAUGUUCUUUGUUGUAUAGGGACAGUGAUAUAAGAUCAAUAUAAAAUCAACAGAGGAAUGUCAUGAAGAGGCUCCCUUUUCUUUUGUUCGCCUUUGUGUGUAUACUGUUGAAAAGUUUAAAAUACCUACCUAAUAUAAAAUAAUUGUUUAGAUAAAUAUUCAUGGAUAGUUCAGAUUAAGUGACAGUUGUGAAAAUUCUGGAAAAAUCCAUUAUCAUGAUAAUCAAGGACUAAUGAUCGUUAUGAAUGACAACAUGAGGUAAAUACAGUUAAUAUUGCCACUUUGUUCACUGUAGCUACCUCGUGAUAGCAUUGUCAGAGAUGCUUUAUAUUCACAUAUCCGUCAGUCAUAAUCCUAGCCAUUAUGAGUUAUGUAGUGCACUGGGACUAAUAAGAUGGGGUUAUGUGCUUUCUUUUUGUGUGUAGUGGCAAGUCAUUACAUCUAGAGUAAAUAUUUUUGUUUUAGAUCUGUCUCUGUAUUUUGCUGACCAAUCAGUCUUUGCAUGCAUGUUUAAAAUUAGAAUGCUUAAAAUAGAACACCACCCGAGGUCCAGUGCCGACCUUGGUUUAAAACAUGUACGCUGAAUGGCCAGCCUACCUCCUCGUCCUUUCAUAAGGGACUGUAAAGUGUAUUGUCUUCUGUUCUUUUGUCAUUAUGCUUGUAUAUUUUCUUCCGUUUCCUUAUUUGAAUGAUGCAUGAAGCGUACUUUUUGCGAAUAGUUACUAACGCCAUGUAGAGUCAUUCUCUGUCCUUGCACAUACAGCACUAACAGCCAAAGCCCUUAUUUGCAGUGUAUGAGAAGGAAUUUUUUUUUUUUUUUUGGAGGAUUACAUGAUUGCCCAGCAAGUCUUUCUUUAGUGUUGUGUCCAGGAAUAUUGACUACUAGCAGCGCAUAAUGUUAUAGUAUUUUGUCUCACUGGUAGGGAGCAUUAUACCAAAGCACUUUGGUAUUUUGGUUUUCAUAAUGAAUUAUUGUAAGAUAAAGCAGUCGAGUUCUAAUCAAGAGAAGUCCUGUGUAAAAAAAUUUCUUUAAUUUAACUAAUUUAAACGUGUAUUUGAAGUGUAUACACAAAUACAAUAUAUGCACCUUGAUUUUAUGCACAUGUUCUUUUUUUUGUGUUUGUGAUUAAGCUCGUUUCUUUUGCAUCGUGGACUCUGCUGUGGCUUGCCGCAGUUUUUGGUCUCCGUUUAGUAUAAAUUUUACUGACUUAGAAACGUGCGUCUGUAAUAUUUUUUUUUUUUUUUUUUUAGUAAUAGUAAUUAACUGCAAGUACAUGAAAGAAACAUAGUCAAACAGAUUCUUGGGCCAUACUGGCCAGCAAUACUGUUGCCAUAGGUUGUGGGUGCUGUGAUCCCCCAACUCUAGCCCCAGUGCUUACAGCACAUGAUCAGCUAACUAGAACAGAACUGAAACAAAAGAUUUUUAAAAAGUAUGUUUCAAAAUUUUAGAAGUAUGUCUUGGUUGUAGUACCCUUUAGGAAUCAGAGCAUUUGUAGGGCUGAAAUUUUGAAAAAAUAGUUGCUAGUACUCUGCACAGCUCGGAUGUUGAAAGACAGUUCUGGUUUUGUUUUUUUUUUUAAUUAAAUUUCUGCAUAACUCAAUUGGUGAGAUGUAAACAGUCAUUCAGAGUGGUUUGGUGUGAAAUUGUAGAGAAACUUGGACCACCAAUAAACACUGAGCCUCAAUCACCAGUUGUUCUUAAGAAGGAAUUUCUCCUUAAAAACCAUUUCUGACAUUCACCAAUGAUUUGUUCUUGGGUAAGAAUGGAAUCUUCACACACCUGAGCACAAGAAGAAUUUAGGAAGGUAUUGCUGAUGGAGGCCCACUGUCUGAGGCAUCGGUCAAUAUAUCCGUUAAGGGGCAUUAAAACUCUUUAGGCAUUCGGUUCCCAUCACCACCACUUUGGAUAAUGUUGACUUCUAAUUUUGAAGGAGUUUCUACAGAACAGAGCAUUUCACAUCAAACCACUCUGACUGGCACUGGUUACACCUUAAUGAUUUAAUGGUGUUAAAAUUAGGAUUUGCCUUUGUGUUUCUAUGUCUAAUCUUGCUAUACACUCGGUUUGCAUUUAAAGAUUUUAUAAUCAAAUUUUUAAUCUUUAAUAAUUGCUAUAAACUAAAUAUACAAUAUAUUCUCUCUCUCUCUCCCUCCUUUCUGUCUUAGUAAAACCACACACACACGUAUACAUAUAGAUACAUACAUACAUACAUACAUACAUACAUAUAAAAUAUGAGAGUGAGAGUUGCACAGUUGGCCAAAUGGUGUGAAGCUAUACUGUCUGUUUUGUGACUUAAUUCAUAUAAACUUGUAUAGAAUUCUCGAAACUAUUAAAACAGUUGUUGUUUA